ACAGUCACCUGAACAUUUCGGUGGCCCUCAAGACUCCAGAGAGCCCCAGCUUUAUUAUGGGUUAAAGCCUGAAGGGCAGAAAUAUCAACAUCUAGCCCUAAACUAACUUGAACACGGUGUAGACUCUGACGGGUAAAACCCAUGGCCUGCUAGUAAUUAUCAAACUUACUGAAGCCUGGAGGCUAACCAGCAGUGCAGCAGCACAACAGCGAGGUUCCCCCUCACAUCCUUUCCUAACUGUGUUUGAAAAGGGUGAAGGUGGACUGUCUGGCUCAGGUGAAUGGACACAGCAGCUAUCCAAGUACAGCAAGUGAAAACUGCAGAAAGAGACAGAGAACUACAGAGAAGGAUGGGUCAGGAGAAAAUGGAGUUAACGUGGAAUGGAAGAACAAAAAGAGGGAAACAAGGAGUAAGGAGAGCCUGGAGAGGGAUACCAAGCAGGCUUCAGGCAAAACGAGGAAUAAGAAGACAGAGGAAAAGAAGAAAAGAAAGAUGGCCCAGGCAAAUGGCCCUACUGUCACACCCAAACCAGCUGCCUCUACCAAAAGCCCCCCAGCUAGAGUCGUCCAGUCAGUUAAAAGCUCUAACAAGGCCCCAGUAGCCCAAGCAAAGGCACAGAAUGUCUCCUCUUCAGAUUCCACCAGCAGCAGUAGCGACGAGGAUGAAGCUCCCAAAAAUACAGCUGCCCAAAAACCAGAACUGAAAAUGCUCUCCUCCACCCAUGCUGCUUCCAAGGCACCUCCAACCACCAAACCUGUCCAGCCAAAGUCCCACCCUCCUUCAUCAUCUUCUUCAGAAACCUCCUCCUCCUCUGAUGAGUCCACCACUGUAAAAAAAACACCAAAAAACAAGUGUUUAACCUCCACAACCCCCAAAGGAAGAAUAAGUGAUAUCUCCAAGUCUCAACAGAUUAUUCCUGUCCUGCAGUCCACAGACCGUGCACAGAAUCAGACUGGGAGCACAGUGGUGCCCCUUCAUGAUAAAUUCAUGGUGCCUUGUAAUCCAGACAGUGAGGAGGAGAUUGAGCUCGUAAUCCGACAGCCAAUGCAGCAGCCAGGCCACGGUGUGGGUAGUCAGGGAUCUCGGAAAGACCGUAACCCCAGGCAAACCAGGCGUGGUGGUCCUGAAGAGAAGGGAAGGGGUGGAAGUAGAGGGGUAAUCAGCUAUAAUAGAGCCAAGGAGCCAUCCUGCCUGACUGAUUCACUGAGCAAUGUGUCAGUGGUCCUCCAGCUAAACAAUGUACUGCUGUGGACGGGGCCGCACAAAAAGAUCAAUAUCUGUAACGGUGCAGAAGGUGCUCCCAAACAGGACUACAGCUCUAUGCCCUUGCUAGCUGCUCCUCCACAGGUGGGGCAGAAGAUUGCCUUCAAGUUGCUGGAGCUGACUGAGAACUACACACCAGAGGUAUCUGGAUAUAAGGAGGGGAAGAUUGUGAGCUUUGACCCAACCACCAAACAGAUUGAGCUGGAACUACUUAACAUCUCUCAAGAUCCCGUAGAGCCUGGCAAGUUCGACCUGGUCUAUCAAAACCUAGAUGGCUCAGAGAGUGUGGAGUAUGCAGUGUCCAGAGGCUCUCGGGUGACAGAAUGGUGGGACUCCCUGCUGGAACCAAGGCUCAUCAUUUAAAUGGGACCAAACAGUGACUUUGCACAUAUUGUAGCUUGGCAACAUGGAUUUACCUUUUCUUCAGUGAACUUUAUUCCAGGAUCCUUCAACUUGUGCUCCAGUGCCGUUAACUGCCGCUAAGUUAACUGUACACUGCAUAAGACAGCCAAGGGACAUAAUAAUCGCUGAAUAUAUUAUCUUCUCUGUGCUUAAUAAGUCAUCAUUUUGCACAGAAGAGCUACUGCAGUUGUAAGCACUGACAAAUGUUAUAAUUGUUGCAUUUGAAUUGAAGUUAGAUAUGAAAUGCUGUUGUUUUUUAUGUAGUGGGAUUUCAGUCUUGUAUAAACAGUUUUUCUAAUAAAUAAUUCAGGAUAGAUGUCAA